AUGGGAGAGCAGCAGCCCCAACCCCCCACAAUGGGCCCCCCUUCCCAGCCUCGCUCCACUAUGCCGAUGCUCUACUACGGCCUCGUGGUGGUGGGCACGGCUGCCGUUGUCCUCGCACUUUACAACCUCAUCAUCGUGCGGUGGUGCGCACAGGUGGCCAACCCCCGGCACAGACCCCGGCGCCCAUCGCACUCGUACGUGCUCAGCUCCGUAUCGAGCUUCAAGUACAAGAGGGAAGGCGCGGGGGAUGGCCCCGAGUGCGUCGUGUGCCUGUCGGCUUUCGAGGAAGGCGAGGAGUUGAGGCGUCUCCCAAAGUGCAACCACUCCUUCCACGCUCCCUGCAUCGAUAUGUGGCUCUAUACUCACAUGGACUGUCCCCUUUGCCGUUCUCAAGUCGAGCCCGAGCAUCCUCGACAAGGCCUGCUGCCUCGCCCCACCGUGUAA